AACGUCACUGAAUUCCUCCACACUUCUACAUACAGUCUUCACAUUCCACCUUACAGAUCCACUAGCACCGCUACCGUCAUUAUGCCUCUCAUUGCACAAAACGUAACGGAUAGGGUCAUCCUAGGACUGAUGACCUUAGGCCCUGACGAAUCCAAAGGCGCCAGGAUCACCUCAAUCGACGAAUACAACAAGAUCCUCGACAACUUCCAAGGCCGCGGCUACAACGAAGUCGACACCGCGCGCGUCUACAUCGACGGCCUUCAAGAAGCCUUCACGCGCUCCGCUAACUGGCAAUCUCGCGGCCUGACACUCGCCACUAAAUGCGCGCCCAAGGAACCCGGUACCCACAAACCGGAGAAGUUGCGAUCGGAGUGCGAAACUUCGCUGAAGGAGCUCGGUGCUGAUACCGUCGAUAUCUACUACCUGCACGUGCCGGACCACUCUGUGCCGUAUGAAGAGACGCUGGGGGAGAUCAACAAGCUGCAUAAGGAGGGAAAGUUUGUGCAGUUUGGGCUGAGCAACUACGCGGCGUGGGAAGUCGCUGAGAUCUGGAAUAUCUGCAAUGAGAGGGGAUGGGUGAGGCCGACGGUGUAUCAAGCUAUGUAUAAUGCUAUUACUCGCGCCAUUGAGCCCGAGCUUAUCCCCUGCUGCCGGAAGUACAAGAUCGACAUCGUGAUUUACAACCCACUCGCAGGCGGAAUCUUUUCCGGAAAGUACAAGACAAAAGAUGUGCCCAAGGAAGGUCGGUAUUCAGAGACUUCAGCUCGACAGGGGAAGAUGUACCGCGAACGCUACUUCAAGGACGCGACAUUCGAGGCGCUUAGUCUCAUCGAGCCAGUGGUGCAGAAGCACAACUUGACUCUACUGGAAACGGCGCUUCGCUGGUGUGUCCACCAUUCGGGACUGAAGACGAGGGUUAAGGGAGGAAACGAUGGAAUCAUCAUUGGUAUCUCGAGCCUCAAGCAGCUGGAGAGUAAUCUGGCGGAUCUGGAGAAGGGGCCAUUGCCGGAGGAAGUGGUCAAGGUUCUGGAUGAGGCGUGGCUGAUCACAAAGCCUACCACCACAGUGUACUUCCGCUAGAUGUGGGUUCAAAUCGGGAGACGCCACUUAGGGACUUGCCUUGAUAGUUGCUUGCAAUACUGUCACUCUUCACACAAGGGUCCCGAAACUGACCUCUAAUCACGUACAUACGUACU